AUGAAACAACACAAAGUGCAGUUCCUGGCGACUACACUAGACACCUCGUCCGUAAACACAAAUGUAAAUAAAGCUACUGCGCGUAAUGAUUUUAACUCGCAUUCAGACAGGGAUCUGAGGCCUGCAUCAACAAUGCCGCGUGGACACUUCGGGAUUUCUGUUUUCAAUACAAGAGAUAUAUCUAAAUAUCAAAUAUUUAGUGAUGACUAUUUUGACAGGACCUUUGCCCAACAAGCUGCUACCUCAAAAAGAGAACAAUUGUUACGAAAGUUAAUGGGUAUAUUAGCUGCUAGUGUAAUUGGGGCGCUAUUAUUUUAUAUAUGGUUUACUUCGAAUCGAGACCUAUCGUCCUCUUCUUCCAAAAUAAGAUCUUCUGCCUCUUCAGCCCUGCCACCUUAUAUUUCUGAUCAAAUCUCACUUUAUCGUAUAUUGGGGAAUGAUCUCCCCCCGAGACAUAAAACAGGACAAACUUUGCAGAAUGUCAAGUUUAUAUUAGAUAAUGAACCGAAAUUUCCAAAUACCAAAAAAUGGUGGAUAUUGAAUCGUAUCGUCGAUAGAGAAUAUGAAGAAACGCUAAUAGCUCUUUUGGAUGAACGCAAACAAGAUUAUAUAAGGAUACCGUUUAAAGCUGAGGAAUAUUUAAGACAGGAUUUUCGUCUCGAAGAUUUUCCUGAACCGGAUUUUUUCCAUUCUGAUGAAUAUAAGCGUUUCUCAAAGGUAGCCAAAUUGAGAACUCUUGACUAUACUUAUCACGAAAAGAAUCUGUAUGCAAUGAAUAAUAACGGUGGUCGUAAUAUUGCCUUAUUUCACGGAAAAGCAGAACCGAGAACUCGAUGGAUUAUGCCAUUUGAUGGAAAUUGUUUUUUGACGGCUAAUGCAUUUGCUGAAAUUCUUUCACGAUUAGAGGAAUGGGGAGAUCGUUACAAGUACUUUAUUGUUCCAAUGGCGAGACUGCUUAAUAACACAAAUCUUUUGACUGGACCCGAUAGCAGGCCUAUCACUCCCGAAGAACCACAAAUUAUUUUUAGAAAUGAUGCCGAAGACUCGUUUGAUCCUAAAAUGAGAUACGGGCGUAGAUCAAAGUUGGAAUUAUUAUGGAGACUUGGAGUUAUUUCAUCACAUAAAAUUUUGAACAAGGCUGUUGUCCCAUGGGAAACUCAAGAGAUGCAUUUUUCACGUGAAAAGAAUCAUUAUAAAUCAAUUGGCUGGGUCUUUCGUCUAUUUUCUGGCCAAGCUUUACAAGAAGAGAAUAAAAAGGAGGCUUCAUCAUUGCGUGCUUUCAAUCGUUUAUUGGCAAUUCAAAAUUUUUUGGAUGGUAUCGAUGAAAAAUUGGCAAGAGCUCAAGGAUUUGAUUCUAAACGAUUAUUUCAGUAUGAUGAAAAAUUGCUAAAUCGUGCACGAUUUCAUCAUUGGUCAGGUGACGCAAAAAUUUCGAGAGUGAUCAAACAUUUGAUUUCGAAGGCUGAUAAUGUAAUCUCUUCUGUGAUGACAAUGUUUAGAGAAUCCGAUUUGCAAAUUAAUGAUAACUCGGCAACAUAUUAUGAAUUACGAGAUUCAAAUAAAGAAUUAUCGCCAUCAAUUAAUACGACAAAUAGUGAAAAUUAUACUGAUGUAACACCAAUUGAAACAGUCCAUAAUGAAAACUUUGUAGUUGACGAUUCAAUCAAACGCGAACUACCAUCAUCUUCAUCUUCUUCAGAAACACCGACGUUGACAAAAGAAAAAAUGAUAUUACCAGAGAAAAUUUCUCUUUCGGUAUUAUUUGAGAACGUGACUACAUUAACAUUGGCACAUUAUUUUUCGAGUCAUAAAACGUAUGUUCGAUGGGCAGCAAAUCUGAUUCGAACCUUCCUAUUAUCUUCAUAUUCUAUUGGUGACCAGAAUGACUUUGAGGUUACAAGAUAUAGAACAGAUCUUGAGGCGGUUAACGACGAGGGAUAUAGUUUUCCGAAUCUUAAUAUGGUUCCUCGUGCUUUACCAAAACCUUUGAAAUAUAAAUCACCAAAAUUUUUACAAGAAUUACACGAAGUCAAUCCAAGUGGCUUCUUGGAUGCAUGCCGACUCCUUUAUCGUGCUCAAGCGCUAACUCACAAAGAAUAUACCGAUCUAAUUUCAAUAGCUUCUGACUGGCUAGAAUAUUUAGUUAAUUCACCUAAAGGAAUUAAUAUUGCACAAUUACCGGAUCAUCGUAGUACACUUUACGAUCUCCAAGUCACAUCUUUGGCUGGUUUCGUUGACGAUUUACGACUUUACCUUCGAGUCGUUAAUCGACUACGAAUGCGCAUCAGAAAACAUUUUUAUAUAGCAAAUGGCGCGAAUCCAUCGAGUAUAACCCAGCCACAGGAGAUCAAACUAGUACAAAAUGAAAUUAAACAAGGUCGAAUAAAAGUAUCGGAAUUUAGUGAAUAUGAGUUUCGAUAUACCACAUUAAAUCUUCAAUAUUGGAUGUUAUUGACUCGAGGCAUACAGAAUAUUGGAGUUGGUGCUGAUCUUUGGCAGUACACCGCGAAAGAAGGUCAACGAUUAAGUAGAGCAAUGAUGGGACAUUUAGGAUUAAAUGAUGGUCGACUGGAAGAUGAUAUGUUAAAACCAUUAUUACAUAUCGCACAAACAGCUCAUCAAGCCAGCGAUGAAAAACGUGGAAUUUGGCAUGAGCAUGGAGAUGAACAUGAUUAUUUUCAGCAUUUCUUGAAGAACAUUGGUGGAAAAAUGGACAUUUUUAAAAAUAAUUAUCCAUCAUCGGAUUCUAUAAUAGAUUUACGCGUGGGUAUAGGCGCUGAAGCGAGACGGCAAGGUAUACCACCUUUUUGGAUGUUAGGAGUGGCAUAA